AUGUCGCCAACACCAUCGCCACCUCUCUCACCAGUUGCUCACAGAUCAGCUGAUCACAAUCCAGUCGUCUCACCUCCUCAAAGGGAUCCACCACCUCCUCCUCCAACACAAUCACUAUCAUCCAGCCAACAACAACAACAACAUCUCACAUUGAGACCACCAAUUCCAGAAAGGAAGAAUCUACCUCAACAAAAGUCAGCAUCAUGUAGCUCACUUCCACCAAAGAUCAGUAGCAUGGCAAGUGCUGCCACUCAACCACCUUCAUCACUGCCACCACACGUUAUCGUGAACAAUCAAGGCAUGCCAUUGUUGGCACCAGUUCAAUCACAGAGUAAACCACCCAAUAGACCUGCACCACCUCCACCCGUAUCAGGUCUUCCCAAACAUUUGGGAACAUUGCCAUCGACACCACCGCCUACGCGACCCAGGACAAAGGGCGUUAACAUGCACACUCGAUCAUACUCAUACGAUCCCAAGGCUGAAUGGAGACCAUCUUCAUCAAUAAUAUCUGUUCCACCAAUCACAAUACUUCAUGGUGGUCCCGCGGCUGGACAAUCAUCCACUGCAUCGGCAGCGGCUACACAGCCCACCCCUCCUCGACGACUAAGUUGUGACACCUCCAAGCUCAACUCAAUGUUAAACAAUAGAUUGUCACUUGGUCUGGCGCCACCAAGUACCAAGCCAUUCUUUGACGACAAGGUGGCAGCGAAUAAUGGUGCGGACGAGUCACGAGCCGAUCAAUCUGGGGCGUCGAUGGUGGCGGGGGACACGCAGGCACAGGAGAAAUUGAACAAGAAGGAACGAAAGAAACAGGAGAAGAAGGAGAAGAAAGAAAAGAAAGAGAAGAAGUCUAAAAAGAACAAGAAGGAUAAUGGUCAUGGCGGUGGAUGUCCCGUGUUUAACAGCACAUUGGACCAGUUGAUGGACUCGCAACGAUGCCAACAGAUGGGUGGCGACGCGACAGUGCCCAUCGUGCUCAAGAUGUUGACCGACUCGAUCAUCGCGAUGGAUGGUGCAUGCACUGAGGGCAUCUUCAGGAUACCCGGCACCGUGUCGGAGGUCAGUCGCAUACGCGGUCGAUUGAACGAGUGGGACUUCACGCUGGACACCACCGACGUGCAUGUUGUGGCCGGUCUGCUCAAGAUGUGGCUACGCGAGUUGGCCGAUCCCGUGGUGCCCAGUGCCAUCUACGAAGAGUGCAUCAGAAGUUCGAGUAGCAAAGAUGAGAGUCUUAGGCUACUCAACUCGAUGCCCGCCAUCAAUCGAGAAGUGAUGUGCUUCAUCGUCCAAUUCCUCAAGUUGUUCUCACAUCCCGAUUACACCUCAAAGUCCAAGAUGGACAUGGACAAUCUUGCAAUGGUAUUCGCACCUGGUCUUCUAAGAUGUCCUUCAUCCGAUCCAAAUAGUCUGUUGGUCAACUCUCAGUAUGAGAAGCAGUUUAUUAGGAAUUUGAUCGAGAUGGUAGAGAUAUAA